AUGGAUAAGUUUGUCACAAGAUCAAAAGUUGGGCAACCAAGUUCUAGUUCUACUCAUCCAUCUGUUGCGUCAUCCGUAGCCCCGGAAAUUCAAAGGGAUAUAUCUCUUUCAGAUCAUAAUUUAGGAUCUCCCAAUACUGACCCGGGGGAUAGGAAGUCCAUUGCAGAAUAUAGCCCUAAUAUACGAGAUAAAAUUAGAAGAUAUUAUAUUCAAAUGGGACCUUGCCAGCCUACGAGUCAUGAUUUUCCUAAAACUAAGUUUGGGACGACAAUGCGUCAGUUUUAUCAUGGUUGGUUUAAGGGUCAACAUUCAAAGUGGUUGGAGUACAGUAUAUCAAAAGAUGCUUCAUAUUGUUUGUGUUGUUAUUCGUUCAAAAAUGAACAUGAAAUUCAUGGAAAUACGGGGGAUGCUUUUACAAAAAAUGGCUUUAAAGGUUGGAACAAGGCUAUAGAAAGAUUUAAAGUUCAUGUUGGAGAGGUAAAUAGCAUCCACAACAAGUGUUUCAAUAGGAUGAUUGAUUUAAUGAAUCAAUCACAAUCAAUUCGCACUUCUUUUGAAAAGCAAUCCGAGAAAGAAAAAAGUGAGUCUCGACGUCGCUUGAGUGCUUCAAUUGAUGUGGCUAGGUUACUUUUGAGACUAGGAUUGCCAUUUCGUGGGCACGAUGAGAGUCAAUCUUCUACAAAUAGAGAAACAAUCAAAGCUAUCAUUGAAUACUUGGAUGGGGAUUUUUUCGGGGUACUAUUCGAUGAAUCAAAGGAUAUAUCACACAAGGAGCAAAUGGCACUUGUUUUGAGAUAUGCUAACAAAGAAGGCGAAGUAAUUGAGAGAUUUGUUGGUAUUGUUCAUGUCAAUGAUACAUCUGCUCAAUCAUUGAAGAAGGAAAUCGACUCUUUUCUUUCGUAUCACUCAUUAAGUCCAUCUCAAAUACGUGGGCAAGGUUAUGAUGGAGCUAGUAACAUGCAAGGAGAGCUACGUGGUCUUAAGACUUUGAUUCUGAGUGAAACUCCAUCGGUGUAUUGCAUUCAUUGUUUUGCUCACCAAUUGCAGUUAACACUCGUGGCUCUUGCAAAGAAGCAUUCAGAUAUAGAUGACUUUUUUUGUAUAGUUACUAAUAUGUUAAAUAUUGUUGGAUCAUCUUUUAAGCACAGGGAUUUGCUUCGACAACAUCAAGCUGAAAAAUUAGAGGAGUUGCUCAUAUCAGGUGUAGUGCAUACUGGACGAGGACUAAAUCAAGAACGUGGGCUUCAACGACCAGGUGAUACUCGUUGGGGUUCUCAUUAUAGAAUGUUAGAUAACCUCAUUGUCCUAUUUUCAUCAAUUAUUCAUGUUCUUGAAUUUGUUGCUCGUGAGGGUCCAAAUUAUGCCGAUAGACAUGUUGCUGAAAGUCUUAUGACUAAGAUUAAGGAAUUUGAAUUUAUUUUUAUGUUGCACUUGAUGUGGAAAGUUCUAAUGAUGACAAAUGAUUUGAGCUCCUCAUUACAAAAGAUGGAUCAAGAUAUUGUCAAUGCUAUGGGACUCCUCACUCAUACAAAGCAAAGAUUACAAAGGAUGAGGAAUAGUGAAUUUCAAUCAUUAAUGGAUGAUGUCUCUUCAUUCUGUGAUAAACAUGAGAUAAUGAUCCCGAAGAUGGAUGCUCUCUAUUUUCCUGGGAAGUCAAAGCGUAGAGCUCUUGAUGUUGCAUACUCUCAUUACUUGCAUGUUGAGAUAUUUAAUGGUGUUAUUGAUUUGCAUCUUCAAGAGCUUAGAAGUCAUUUUGAUGCCGUGAGUACCGACUUACUUCUCGGUAUGGCUAGUUUAAAUCCACUUAAUUCAUUUGGUAAUUUUGAUAAGAACAGGAUAAUGAAGUUGGCUGAAUAUUAUCCGAAUGAGUUUGAUAGCAACAAGCUCCGGGAUCUUAGUUUCCGGCUUGAUAGUUUUAUAGUUUAUGCUCGUGGUCAUGGUAAGAGGUUCUUCAACAUGAAGGGAAUUAGUGACCUUUCUAAAUAUUUGGUUAAGUCAGACCUGCAUCAAACUUGGCCACUGGUGUAUUUACUUAUCAAGUUGACUCUCAUUCUUCCUGUUGCUACCGCUUCUGUGGAACGUGCUUUCUCAUCCAUGAACUACAUAAAAAAUGAGAUUCGUAAUAGCAUAGGUGAUGAAUUUUUAAAUAGUUGUUUAGUUUGCUAUGUAGAGCGUAAGAUAUUCUCAACUGUGAACAACGAUGCCAUUAUUCAUCGUUUUCAACAUAUGAAAAGUCGUCGAUCACAGUUGUGA